CAACUAUUCAUCACAUCUCAACAAUGAAUGUGCACUAUUUUCAGUAUCUUGGAAUUCACAUGUGAAAGCUUUGCUCAGAUGAGAUCAAAUCACUGGUUUGAUAUUAAUCAACAAACUCUAUUUUGAUUUUUCUCUUUCCUUUUCUUUUUUUAACCAUUUCAUCAGUAAGUCAACCAGCUCUUAACACGCCCUUUACUUGUUGGGAUAUUACUGUCUGUGGCCUGAGGAGAUCCAAAGUGGCUAAAACGUACGGAUCUGUAUUUUCUGAGGCCUCCAGAUACUUCAGAAAUAUGACAAAUCACUCAGCAGAGCGGGACAACCCAUGCUGUUUGCACAGUAGGCCUGUUUAAUACUUGAAUUUCCUGUGGGUGGGGUUUCAUUGGGAAAUGCAAUCAACGCCAAUCACCGAAAAUGCAUUCUGUGGCCCUAAACCAAUCACGGGGCCGCACAGGGAACCAGAAGAGGGGCCUGGGGCCCCCUCGGCUUCUGUAUAAAUAGAGCAGUUCAGCUCCCGGCCGGGUGGAGAGCGCAGCCCGCACGCGAGGAGGUCGGAGGCGGAGGCCGGGAAGGCGAUAUGGCUGCAAAUCGCAGACUCCCCUGGCGUCAGGGAGAACCCCGAAACAGACCUGGGUUACAGCUGCCACGGUCCGUGGCAUCCAUAGAAACUAAACUUAGAAAUGACUACGGGGACCCUGAGACUUGGCACAUGAACUUCAGGAUGUUCGACUGCCCUGGGGAGUUGGACCCCAUCCAGGCUCUGAGGAGACUCACUGAGCUGUGCCGCCUGUGGCUGAGGCCCGACCUCCACACCAAAGAGCAGAUCCUGGACAUGCUGGUGAUGGAGCAGUUCCUGAUCUCCAUGCCCCAGGAGCUCCAGGUCUUAGUCAAGGUGAACGGGGUACGGAGCUGCAAAGAGCUGGAGGACCUGCUGCAGAAUAACGGAAGACCCAAGAAAUGGUCUGUGGUCAACUUGCUUGGCAAGGAAUAUCUUAUGCUGGACUCAGAUGCUGAGAUGGCUGAAGCCCCCGCCAGUGUCAGGGAUGAUCUGAGAGACGUGCCCAGCCAGCGGGCCUCCUCUGUGAAUGACGUGCACUCGGGGGAAGGCCAGGCCAGCCGAGAGCUGCAGACCCUGCCCUGGGUCCCUGCACUGUCCAGGGGGCAGGGAGAGGACUUCCUGCUACAAAAGAGUAUUGUCAUGAAAGGUGACCCAAAGGUUCUGAGACCCAAGCAGAACGUGGAGAAGGAUCUGAAGGAAAACAGCAAAGAGAACCCAGGACUCACAUCCCCAGAGCCUCAGCUUCCACAGGGUCCCACAGAUCUGGUGAGGGCAAAGGAUGGGAAGGAACCGCAAAAAGGAGCCUCUGUGGAGAAUGUGGAUGCUGACACAGCUUCUGCCUGCGCGGUGGACACAGAAGCUUCGACUCACAGUGAGGACAGAGAGUCUCUGAAUCCGAGAGGUCCCAAAAGAAGCAAACCAGACGCCACCUCCAUUUCCCAAGAAGAGCCUCAAGGAGGAGACACACCUGUGGGCAACAGAGAAUCCCCGGGACCAGCUGGGAUGAAUCCAGUUCAUUCCCCAGGCCCUGCGGACGCAGGCAGUCACCCCGCUGGCCAAGAAGCCGUGGCACUGCGGCCCUUUGCCUGUGACGUGUGCCGUAAAGCAUUUAAGUAUUUCUCCCAGCUAAAGCUCCACGAGCGAUCACACACGGGAGAGAGACCCUUUGCAUGUGCUCAGUGUAGGAAGCGCUUCUUGCAGGCCUCAGACCUCCGGGUUCACCAGCGCACCCACACCGGCGAGAAGCCCUACAGGUGUGGCGUCUGCAACAAGCGCUUCGCCCACGAGUCCACCUUGCAUGGUCACAUGAGGAUGCACACGGGGGAGAAGCCGUUCAAAUGCAAAUGCUGCGGCAGGGUCUUCAGCCACAAGGGGAACCUGAACGUCCACCUGCGCACCCACUCUGGGGAGAAACCCUACAAGUGUCCCGUGUGCGGGAACGUCUUCCGCCAGUUGGGAACGUCCAAACGCCACCUGAAAACACAUCAGAAACCACUUCCCCGUGAUUUCAGAGAGGGGUUCUCACCCUCCACCCCAGGAGAGACUGAAUGAUGACUUUUCUGCAUGGCAUAAAGUACUUGAUGGGUGCUCCCAGGAUGUUUGAGUAAAGAUGUGUGUCCU